GCUACCAUCUGCUGAUAACCAACCAUGAACUCCAAACACUUCUUCAUUUGCCUCCUGAUGUUUGCCAACACUCUGGCCACAGAGCUGAUGCCAAAGCAAACCACCUCGUUAAGGGAUCCCAGACGAAAAAUUUUCCCAUUCAUGCAAAAAGAGGUUCAGAAUUGGGACACUUUCCUACUGAGCAAAAACAAGAAAACUCUCUAUGUGGGUGCCAGAGAUACUAUCCUCGCCCUUGACAUUCGCACGGAUACAACUGUCAGGGUGAAGCAUGAGAUACAGUGGAGUCCCACGGCUGAUAAAAAGGAUAACUGUGCCUUGAAGGUGGAAAACAAAGAGAGGGAAUGCUUCAAUUUCAUCCGUGUCCUGGUGCAACUGAACGACACACACCUUUACACCUGCGGGACGUAUGCUUUCAGUCCCACCUGCGCUUACGUUGAUCUAACAACAUUCAGUCUGGUGAAAGAUACAGAAGGCAAGCCCCUUCUCCUGCAAGGGAAGGGUGUCUCCCCCUAUAGCCCUCACCAUGGGAGCACCGCAAUCCUCGUUGAUGGCGAACUUUACACUGCCACCCAGGAAAACGUUCCAGGGAAUGAGUCCGUCAUCACUCGAACCCUGGGCAGUAGUUCAGUUUUGAAGAAUGAGCACUGGAUGACUGGUGAUGCAACAUUCGUGGGCUCCUUCAACACCCAAGCCCCCCCAAAUGAUGACAAAGUCUAUUUUUUCUUUUGGGAAACAGCUAAGGAGUAUAACUUCUUUGAGAAUGUGAUCGUCUCCAGGGUUGCUCGCAUCUGCAAGAAUGAUGUCGGAGGAAAAACGUUGCUGCAGAAGAAAUGGACCACCUUUCUGAAAGCGCAUCUUUCCUGUGCCCUUAAAGGGCAGUUUCCUUAUACUGUCAUUCAACACGUGUUUGCUGUUCCACACCCAGGAGGCGGUGCAUUAUUCUAUGGGGUCUUCGUUCCUCAAUGGGGAAAUAAGCACUCAACGCUGACCAUGUUUCUGUGGACUUAUUUGAGAAAAGAUUCACAAACCGAUUGCCUUUUCCUUCUAGUGGUGCGGCUGGUUUGUACAUCUCUUUGCAGGCAGGUGGGAGGUUUCUGGAGCUCGGCAGUCUGCGCCUUCGACCUUAAUGCUAUCAACAAAGUCUUUGAUAAUGGGAGAUAUAAAGAGUUACACCAGAACUGCUCCCGAUGGCUGCCCUAUGAAGGGGAGGCCAUGGAUCCUCCCCCUGGCUCAUGUUCUGUCAGCCCACCAUCAGACAAAACCCUCGUUUUCAUGAAAGAACAUUAUAUGAUGGAUCAGACGAUUCAGCCACUCUAUAACCAGCCCGUGUUUGUGAAGCUCAAUGUGAAAUACACCCGGAUUACAGUACACCAAACUGAGAACAUCUUGGGAAUUCCCUAUACCAUACUGUUUCUUGGGACAGACCAGGGAGCCAUUCACAAAGUGGUGGUCGUCGGCAGCGAUGCUCACAUCAUUGAGGAGAUCCAGCUGUUUGAGAAGCCAGAGGCAGUCCAGAACCUGCUGCUCUCGCCUGAAAAGGGGAUCCUUUAUGUGGGGUAUUCCAAAGGAAUUGUACAAGUCCCAUUGGCCAACUGUGGCAUUCACAAAACCUGUCCUGACUGCAUUUUAGCACGAGAUCCUUACUGUGCCUGGGAUGGAAGGAAAUGCAGUGAUAACUGGAAUAACAAAUACAAAAGCAUGGCAGGAAAGAGUAACUUUAAGCAAGAUGUUGAGGCCGGAAACUCAGGCCUUUCGUGCAUGCGCAGCAGUGGGAAGAGCAGAGCCUCCUCAAGGCCAAUCACCUUGAUUGCCGUAGUGGCCGUGGUUUUCUUCUGCUACCCAGACACAGUGAAAGUGAAAAGCAAAGUACAGGGGUGCAGGAGCCCCCUCCAAGCCAAGGAAACACCCAAGCAAGAGAAAGCCCUGUUCAAUGGCAGCCAGAGCAUUCUGCAAGUGGACCUUGCCAGAAAACUGCUGACAGCUCCAACACCUACUAUGUCUACGUGCUCUGUUCAGGCUAAAAGGGCUGACAAAAACUGCUUGGACUUGGGCCUGCUAAACAAGGAUGACUCCAGAGGAGCCGUGGCAGCAGAGGAGAUCUAGCCUGGCCUACCUGAUUCCUCACCAGCUGUUGCAGGGAACAACCUUUCGCGAUCUCACCAGCUCACACAGGCAACCUAGCAAGAACAAAAGUAUUGUCACAACUGUGAUGCUAUUACAAAAUGCCACCAGAAAACAGGGUGUUACCUCUGGUUGCAUUUCUUUCCCACCUAGUUCUGUCUGUACAAUGCCAUGUAAAUGCAGGACCUAGCACCACACAACUGGCCAAAUCCUUCCUACGCUUUCAGGUUCCCAUCCCUACCUCCAUAGACAGGAUCCUGGGAAGGGUCCCCAUACUCACAGCCAAAUCUAUAAGUUUCUCUCUUUGGUAAGAAAUGCUUACCAAAAUUUAGAAG